AUGACCGCAACUCCCGCACCAGUAACUUCAAACGAACACGAUUCUCAUUUGUUUCAUAAUACAAGGAAUAGGAUCGCGUCGUUGUCAAGUAAAAAUAAAGAGAUUCUUGACCAAAUAAGCCAGCUUCAUCAAUCUCAUUCUCAAGCUUUAUCAGUUAUUAAUAGUCAAUUGGACAUUCCACACAGUACAACUAGUACUGUACAAGACAUCGAUAAUCUUGUUAAUAAUUUAAAUUUAACUUCGAGACAAAGGCGUAACAGCAAUUUGCAACAACAAUCGGUCGCAUCUGUUCGACCUGAAUCAUCUAUACCUAAUAAAAAUGUUAUUAGUGUUAUAGAAGUUGAAAAAAAUAACGAAUUAGAAACGACUGGAUCAAUUGAUAACACUUUAUCGUUUACGGGACGUUCUUCAAAAAUUUCAAUCGCAAAUCGUAAUUCUAAAGAUUCACUUAGGAUGGAUAGUUUAUCCCCUAAUGCUAAUAAUGUAGGAGAGUUGGAUUGGAAAUAUCUUUUAGCUGAACAUAAUUCUGAUUCUGAAAAUGCUAAUGAAAUUUCCGGUAGUGUGGAUGAUAAAGAAUUUAAAAUUAAUGAUGAUUCAUCUAAUCGACGGAGAAGUUCUAAAUCUUAUCCUACUCUAACCAUAAACACUAAAUCCUCUAAACCUACUCGUCUGAUCACUCCGGAAUCUUCUGAUUCGGAAUUUGAUAUUUCGAAUGCCCACAUGCCUCUUGCCUCUUCAUUGGGUGGAGGUAUAAAUCCUUUACGUGUACCACGUCAUAGUUCUGCAGAACUUUAUAAGGGUAGUAUAAUAGAGAGACGUGGUAGACCUAUUAGUAUGACUUUUUCUUCAAUGGAUGAAGUUAUUGAAGAAGAAAGAGGUUCUUUAUCGGACAUUGCUGAGCAAGAAGCCGCUAAUGUAAGAGCAUCUGAUAAUAGUGUUCGAACACGAAAUAGACUGUUGGCUAAUAGGAAAAAGCGCGGACAAAAAUAUGCUGAUGAUUUUAAUGAGGGAACUGAUGUUUCAAGUGUUUCAAGUGUUUCAAGAACAAAUAAAAUAAAUAAUCGUCUACAAGCGGAUGAAUAUUCUGCAACUGAUAUUCAUGAUGAUAAUAGUAGUAUUAUGUCAAAUGAAUCUUUUGUUGAUGAACUUAAUGCAUUGCGAUCACGUAUUCAGAAAUUAGAAGCUGAACGUGUUAAUAUUGAUGAUGAUUCAACUUCAGAAAAACGAUCUAGGAAAAAGAAAAGUACUUCGGAUCAAGCUAUAUCACCAUCAGUAACAUCACCUGCAUUUACGACUUCGGAUCAGUCCACUAAUGAUGCAUCACCUCCUCCUUCCCACUCGAUGGCUAUGGUUGUAUCAACUGCUCUUUAUCUUAAUUCUAACUUACGUAAUGUUACUGCUCAAAUGGAAAGUGGCGGUCAACCUUCAGAAAAAUAUUUGAAGGUUUUGUUAAAAACUAGUGAUGAACAGAUUCGAAGUUUAACUGAAUGCUUAUUAGCUUUGGGUCCCCUUGCUCUUAAAAAAGCUCCUACUAAGAAAGAUUCAUGUAGUUCCCUUUUACAAACGCCUACCACAACACGCUCUAUUUCUCCAAUACAAAGAAUACCUUCUACUUCUUCAGAAAUGAACCAUCAUGAAAUACAUCAGGGUGUUGAUCAUUCCGUACGGAGAAUUUCUCCUACUCCACCAACAGAUCUAUCUUCACCUACUUAUUAUACUACUCAACGUACAUCUAGAUAUCGUAUAUCUAGACCCCCUUCACCGGGUUUGCCACCAGAAAAUUUGUAUGAUUCUCAAUUUACUCAAGCUCCCUCUUCACGUGCUGCUGACUAUCGAGAAAGACGCAACCGUCGUUAUUCUGGUAGUACGUACGGCGGUUCUUAUUCUGGUCCAUUCCCACCGCCUUCUUCAUCACCUCCUCCUCCCGUUCAAUCUUCACAUUAUGAUCAAUCUAAUGUACGAUCUUAUCUUGACCGAGAAAUUCCUCGUUUACAAAGAUAUAACAAUUCUGUUCCCCCUACUACUAACACUACAUCAUAUCAAAGAUCUUCAUCUCGUCCUACGUCUCUUGUACAAGAUUCAUCAUAUAAUGUUGGUCAUAUGCGUAGUGCUUCUAAUUCAUCAUUAUUUCGUUCUUCCUCUGGACGGUCAAUUACACAACGUGGUGAUGAGUUUGUCAAUAGUCCAGUUUCAACUUCACGACAACCACGUACUUACGAAUACACUCGUAGAUAUCAAUCAGAAAAUGGUCAAUCUCAAUUUGACAGGCGUCAAGCACCUGUUUCUGAAAUGGAUAGAAGAUAUGGAAGACGAGUUGGUGGAAAUUAUGAACCUGAUGAGGUCUUCGAUGGUCAAAAUGGUUACGGUGAUCAUAUUUCUGACAGAGACUAUGCAUUAAGAAGAGAAGAUUCAAAUAAUAGUACUGGUAGUAUUCAUAAGCAAAGAUCGGCUCCUCCGCCAGAAGAACAGAUUCAUAAUGAUAGUGUGGAAAGCAGGGAAGAAAGUCGUAAUGAAAGUCAAGAUGAAAUUCGCAAUGAUGGCGGUCAAGAAGGUCGUCAGGUUGAUAAUACAAAUAAUGACAAUGUUGUUGAAAAUGGUGGAUAUAUAUGA